CAAUGUGGAUGUGGAGCUCUUGCAUUUGGAGACUUGAACAAUGCCAGACAGAAGAAGCUACAGGUCAGACUAUCCGAGCGCUCCAGAGGGUUUUCAUCUACUGAUGGCAACGCAACGUGACCCACUUAACAUCUCUUAAGAUUCCUUAAUAUUGCUGCAAGUCAUCCAUCAUCACCAACCAGUUUACAAAUGAGAAGCAAAGGCCUUUAAACGUUAAAACCCGAACAUGACUAUCUCCAUUCAAAACGUCACUGCCACCUCUGCCAUCAUCAGCUGGCUGCCUUCUCCAGGUUGCAUAGACACUUUCUACAGCGUCAUGUAUCACCCAAACUGGAACAGUCUUCUGAUGGGUUACACUCGAAAGAGCUUCCUGCGUGAGGACAGGGUUCCCGUCAGCCAGACGUCCACCAGCCUUGGCAACCUCAGUCCACAGACUACUUACAUCCUCUGUGUCACGUGCCAGUCCGCCAACCCCACUAGAGAGCAGUGCCAGGUCUUCAGUACCCUGGACGAGGGCACUGAGCUCAAUGAAGGCGGCAGGGAGUUGGCGAUGGGAGUUUGGCUGGCUAGCAGCAUCCUCCUUCUGAUCAUUGCUGUGGCUCUGCUUUGGGGAUGUGUUCACACCAUAUGUCCGGCGAAGAGAGAUUUUAAAAGAGGCAAACAGUCGGGUCCCAACCCUCCUCAACUGGCUUUGACCCCCAUGGGUGGAAUCAUGGGAAGAGAUGGACGGAAAAAUCUGUACUCUCCGAGCUACAGUGAGGAGGAGGACUAUCGUAACGCGACAGUGAUUGAGAAUCCUUAUCGUGUCGAGCAGGGUAACAGGCCGAAUCGUGAAACUGGAACAUGGUAUAAUACACAGACAUGUGGUCCCAAGUACUAA